AUGGACGACUCCCGGCAAAUUCUGAGUGAUACUGCGCCGCCGAGCUCGAAAUGGAUGAGACUCGAGCUAUUGCGCGCACCAGUGAACGCUCUGAUCCAGUCAUCGGCAGUGCCUACGAGCAGGAAACUCGUUUACACGACAAUAAUGAUCGGAUUCGCUCUGAUCCUCUCGGACUUGAUAAACAAGGAGUUACUGGUGGUCGAGCAGAUGCCCGAGAAGAAUCUCGCGCUGAGCGUGGUGUUUUUCACUCCUGCGAUCCGGGUGCCGUUCCCAAUGUCUCAUAAUUUCACCCGAGGACGGGAUAGCUCUCUUGUAGUGCCAGCUCUGCAGUCACGCUUCUAUACGGUCCACUAUCAGCACCGUAUCGGAGACUACGCAUCAAAGAAAAUCAUCAAAAUCGCUCAAGCGUUGGCGCAGGAACACAGCACGCGCUGUUCCCGAUCGGUGUUUCACGCGCCUCAGGUUUCGAACCUUCUUCUGUCGGCCGAACAAAUGUACAUCGGCUAUUAUGGACUCACGCGAUUGACGGCGACGCCAAACUUCAAACUUUCCGACGAUGAUCGAAUGAAAAGAUACAACCUUCGGAAUCAGAUGGCGGCUCACAAUGAGGCCAAUCUUUACACCGUACCGUGCAGAAAUCGGAACGCCGCCUCAUUCGUUCGUUACCUCAACCGCAAAGCCGAGGAUAGCGUCUACGUCGAGGAUCUGAAAGGCGGAUCGAACAUUAUGGAUUUGCUUCAGUUCUUCUGGUCGGCUGGUGAUAAGCUUCCGAGAUGGGCGAAAAUCAAGGAUAUCAUCUAUUGUUAUAAUGCCGUAGUCAGGGAGAUCGUCAAAGGUUUCGAGUACCAGCUCGCGAGUGAAUUCCUCCGCGACCUACAGAACAGACUCAAGGACCUGGAGAACCCUCAGUACAAUAUCGUGUUCCAUGUAACUGAUUACGAGGAACUCUUUGCCAUCAACAAGUUUCUGAAGUUGUUCCCGCCGGCGACGAACCUCAUUCCAGCUUUCGCUGUCGAGAUGAAGAUUUUCAAAUCUGGCAGCGUCAUCGUGAACAGACAUUAUCACGACAUCCAGACUCAGAGGAGGCACAGCGACAGACUGAAGAAAUUCACGGUUGACGAACUCCGCUCACAGCUCGUCAACGCUCUCGGAGACAAUGGGGGAGUCAUGUCGAAGAAUUGA